GCAUUAAUGUUUUGGAAUCCCAGUCUGUAUUACUUGAGCGCUGUUAUCUCUUCUCCCCCCGCAAGUACAUCAAAUGGCUUUGCCGUUUCCAGGCUAAUUGACACGGGGCUUAGCGGAUGACAGACCCUGACCUAAGUGACUGGUGAACCGGGGGAUUCUGAAGGGCUGACUGGGGAAGCUGAGCGACGAUGGCGUCCGCCUUGGGGUCCCGGACGCUGAGCAAAGAUGAUGUCAACUACAGGCUGCAUUUCCGCAUGAUCAACGAGCAGCAAGUAGAGGACAUCACUAUCGAGUUCUUCUAUAAGCCACACACGAUUACUUUGCUGACUUUCACCGUGGUCAGCCUGAUGUACUUCGCGUUUACCAGGGAUGAUGCGGACCCUGACAGCAACCUCCGCGUCGGCCUCAUCCUGCUGGUGUCCUUCUUCCUGGUUAUCAGCACUCUCGCCUUCCCAAACGGUCCGUUCACUCGACCUCACCCGGCGGUCUGGCGGAUGGUCUUUGGUCUGAGUGUCCUGUACUUCCUGUUCCUGGUCUUCCUCAUCUUCCUGAACUGGGGUCAGGUGAAGACCUUGAUGUACUGGCUGGAUCCCGAUCUGCGCUACGCCACCCGCGAGGCAGACGUCAUGGAAUAUGCCGUGAACUGUCAUGUGAUCACCUGGGAGCGAAUCCUGAGCCACUUUGACAUCUUUGCCUUUGGUCACUUCUGGGGCUGGGGCAUGAAGGCUCUGCUCAUUCGCAGCUAUGGCCUCUGCUGGACCAUCAGCAUCACCUGGGAGCUCACCGAGGUACGGAGAUCCUGGGGGGCCGAGGGUGGGAUCCACAAGGCUGUAGGUCACAUCCUUGGGGUCGUGGGCUGGGUAACUACGAAGAGUAGCUCCAGAACUAGAGGGCUAGUUAGGCUUACGGAGCUGAACACCUUCUUCCUGAAACACAUCUUCGUAUUCCAAGCCUCUCAUGCCCUCAGCUGGUGCCGCAUCCUCUUCAUUGGGGUGAUCACCGCCCCCACUGUGAGGCAGUAUUACGCAUACCUGACGGACACGCAGUGCAAGCGAGUGGGCACGCAGUGCUGGGUCUUUGGUGCCAUUGCCUUCUUGGAAGCCCUGGUCUGCAUCAAGUUCGGUCAGGACCUGUUCUCCAAAACGCAGAUCCUCUAUGUCAUCUUCUGGCUUCUGUGUGUGGCUUUCACCACCUUCCUCUGCCUCUAUGGGAUGGUGUGGUACGCGGAGAAAUACGGACCGAAGAGGCCGAAGACCCUGUCAGAAUGUGAAGACAGCAGCUACACUAACUCCUGUGGCCAUGCCCCCACCAUCUCCAAGGGCGAUAAAGAGUCUGGGAGUGGUGCACAGUCAUCGCGGAAGAGGAAGGGAUCCGGGAGGAAGAAGACCAGCAAUGGCCUGGGGGGCAAAAAGUAGCAGGGGCUUGCAGAUAUGGGGGAGGGAGAAGAGUGACCACAACUGACAGACCUGCAGCAAGGAAAAGGGCUAAUUGUUGUAUUUUUUGAGGAGGGGGCCACUGAAACACAGAAUUGGGCCUUGACCAUACGAGCACCUGGGGCCAGUAUCACAGGGUGUCACCCUGCCUACAUUACUGUUCUCUAUCCCCCAUUGUAGGGCUUAAAUAGGGUGACCCCCACCCACAGACACACAGGCAACAAUGCGCUAACUAAACACCCACCCCCCGGCAGUCAGUCAGCUGGCUUCCCUGUCUGUGUACUCAUGCGGAUUCUAAAUGCAUCCUGCUCUCUGGCUAAAUAAGGCCUGGAAUGUGAGCAGGAAGCAGCCCCAGCGAGCCGUGUGUGUGACCGGCAUGUUUAUGGGUCACCAUGGUGACGGGACGCUGUCUAUGCACAUGGCGUGUCUGGCUGGCCAAAUGGGGGGGGGGAGGGUUCAGAUAAUUUUGGGCCCCCCAGGCCCAUUUCUUGCCAGCCCCUCUCAACAUCCCCCGCCCCGUGACAAAUAGUCACUUUUUAAAAAAAAAUCUUAAAAACAUAGUGUAUGUACAGCAAAAAUUUCUGCAAGUUUGUUCACUCUCCUCCUCAUCUGAGAGGUCGCCCCGUGGCCGUGUUCACGUGGCCUGUCUGUUUUAUCUCUCCCCCACCCCUUAACCCCCCCACCCCCAAACCUGUGUGUGUGUCUGUCUGUGAAUAAGCCCUGCUGUGGGCUUGAGUGUCCUCACUGCCGGAUUCCCCCUGACCUGACUGAUGGCACAAAGGUCGUCAUAAUGGCUGUCAGAAGCUCUGGGCCUUUCGCUCCCCCCUGGGUGCUGGGGCCACUUCUCUAGAGGCCAGAUGUAGAGCCUCAGUCUUUUUGUGGCUGGGGGGCCCGGCUACAGAGACGCAGUUGGAGCACUUAUCCCCUUUGUCCAUUAGUAGUGCACAUGUGGGCCAAAUUUAUCAAACUUUUGCACCAGUAAUAUUCAUAUAUUCCCCAGUACUAACAUGUAUGUCCUGUGCAAAUUCAAAAGGAAAAAACUAAGUUUACAGCUUGUUUUUAACCUUAACUUUUAUUCCAUGUUAAAAAUGGGUAUUUUUCCACCAUCAUUUAAUUUUCAUUACCUGUGUGGUACGGUUAUCUCAACGCAAUGGGUUUUUUUUUUUUUUUUUUUGCAUGGUUAUGUAAUGUUACAGGAUAAAUAGAUUACUACUUGCAUGUGUUUUUGUAUUAGCAGGUAUCCGUAUGUUAAUCACUAAUGUCUGUCAUGUGAUACAUGUUUUGUGCCUGAUGGGAAGAUGGUCUUGGUGUGUCUUUUGGUUCCCCACACCGUGUGAUCUCCGUUAGUCUUCCCACAUUAUGUCUGAGAUCACCCCGUAUCGUAAUCGCCUUUGCUAUAUUCACGAGAGGCCAUUUUGCUGAGCGGCGCCGUGCAUCACGGACAGGCAGGUGAGAUUACCGACGGUGAACAGACUGAUUGCUCUCUAAGGCUUUCAGCCUGAAUCAGUCACCUCAGCAGUGACCGUAAGUCCCAAGCCUGCAAACCGUCCUGUAACUGCCUUGCUCAGUAUGAAGAGAAUGUUAUUCGCAGCUGUGACAAUGUUAGUUUUUUUCCUACAAAGGACCGAAGCACACUGAUGAAGUGGCUGGCAUUUAAAUGUAGUGAGUGAGUGAGAGAUUGAAUGAGAGUGAAUGUAGGACUGUUUGGACAGUAUGCCCUAUGACUGAAGAACAGGGAGGGGAGAUCCUUUAAAAAGAUUUCUUUGUACUUCUGGUAUUUUAACAAGAGACAGCUGCAUUGAUAUGCAAGUGACACUGAAUUUUAUAGGUAGAAAAAAAGAAAAAAAAACAGUAUGAAACUAACCAGUAUGUUUGCUGGUGGUCAUUUGUGUAGAAGCACCUGGAGUGUGUAAAGAUGCAUUUGUAAUACGUGACCCUGACUUUUGAAUAAAUACUGUAAACACUG